AUGAGGCUGGUGUCACUGGUGCUGUUCCUCACCUUCGCUCUGCUGGCUUUCAAUGCUGGCCACAUCCUACCAGGAGCAGCAGAGGGGGGAAGCAAGGUGCAGAAGGUGUGGGCCAGAGCAGGGAGUUCAGCCGUGCUGCCUUGCUACCUCAGCCCCAGGAAGACUUGGAGCAGCUGGAGGCAGCUGCCCGACAAGACAUCUGUGCUGUGGAAGCGGCAUGGGGGAAGUGCCCACCAGGAGCCACACAUGGUGCUGGAGGUGGAGUACUCUGGCCUACGGAAAACGGCACUGCCCAUGAGGCCCCGGGUGUCUGUCCAGGACUCUGCCCUGCGCAACGGCAAUUUCUCCCUGCGGAUCAACCCGGUCCGGAGCGAGGACGCUGGGAUGUAUGAGGCACAGGUGACACACAACAUGGAUGUCCAGAGCUGCCAGGUGGAGCUGGGAGUAGUUACAGUAACCCUCAGUCCACCCAGCCCUGUGGUAGAAAAUGAGCCCCUGUUGUUAAGCUGCAACUCCAGCCACCAUGCCAGCCUCGUGGAGACAUGCUGGUUCCACAGCGGGCACCUGGUCCCCACCUCCGGCACCUUCUGCUCCUCACAAGGGGCUCUCUCCAUCCUCCGGCCAGCCAUGAGCGAUGCGGGCGCCUGGCACUGCCAGCUCAGAUACUCCGAUAACGAGGUCAUUUCUGCCACCUACAACCUGCAAAUCCUAGGUUUUGAUGGCCCAAGCAACCCCAUGGUGUAUGCUGCAGCUGGCUCUGCAGCUGAGCUACCAUGCACCCUGAGCUACCUUCCCAGUGCCUUUGAGAUCAACAUGGUGACAGCUCGCUGGAGCCACCUCACAGGAGGACACUCGCAGGACUGGGGCAUCCCCCAAAACUCGAGCAGCAGAAGCUUUCCCCUUCAUCUCCCUGUGGUGGGGCCAGGGGAUGCAGGGCAGUACCGCUGUACUCUCUCUGUUGGCAGCAAAACCAUCAGCAGGGACGUGACCUUGGCAGUAGUUACAGUCAUCCCAAGCAUCCAAGGACCAGUUUCGGAGGGGUCUCGCUUGUUGCUCAUCUGCAGCCUCACACACCCCUGGGGACACGAACAUUUCCAGUGGAAGCACCUUGACUCAGGCCCCACUAACAGCAAGCUGGCUGCGACCACCUCCCGAAACCCAGAGAGACACAGGUCUCAGACAGGCCCUACCUUGGAAAUACCCCGAGUGUCACAGAAGGAUACAGGCACAUGGGAAUGCAGUGUGCAUGGCCCAGAAGGCAGACUGGGAGCAGUGGAGUAUGGGCUGCAGAUCACAGGUGCCCAGGUCUCCAGCCCUCCCACCAUCUUCAGUGGGCAGGUUACUUUUGGGCUCAUGCUCACCCUCUUCUUCCUGCUUAUGGUCUGUGUCCUGGCUCUGGCCCUACAAAAAAGGGCACGGACUCCUGCCUUCCCAGCGCUGGAAGGGAUGGUUGCAGUCCCUGUGCCAUGGAAGAAGAAGAUGGUGGAGAACCAGAAUGAAAAGAUCCAGCAAACUGAGUGCUGA